UGGUGCUCCUGAUGACAGAGAGGACGUGUUUCAGGGAGCUGGUGGUAGUGAAUGGACGUAACAGCGCAGAGAAGGAUGGCAGCCGUGCUGGAGGACACGCUGCCCGAGGAGGAGAGGGAGUUUCAGAAGAUUAUAGCUUUGAUCGGAGGUAAAGAGAGGAUUUAUCUGGUGAGCGAUGCGUGUACAAGUAAAGAGGUGGACGGGGAUGACGCUGGAGUCCUGCAGGAGUUUAUCCAGGACAUGUUUCACAGCAGCAGCCCGGCGAACAGCAACGGACAGCUCCAAGCCUCUCCGACAAGCCUUCCCGGCGAGACUGCAAGCGCAAACCCCAUCUGCGGCAAGACAGGAGCUGUUAAAAGCAAUGAAAUCCCUCUAACAGCGAGGCCUGAGGAGUUGGAUUUGAGAGAGGACGAGAAGAAGGAGAAGCGUCUCGAUGGCAACGCUCAGAAAACAGCAACGAGGAGGGCAAACAUUCACAGCCUGAAACGAACCAUAGACUCUCCUGUCAUCAUAUUCCUCUUCAGACAGACUUUUCUCAGCAAACAAUCCAACAAAGUGUGCUUAAAGGAGACGUUGAAGGACGUGAAGGCGCGUACGAAACGUGCCAGACUCAGCAGACCAGCUCUGAUUGGAUUAAUCCGCACCAGAGAGGAGAGCGAUGAGACGCAGCAGUGUGCGCAGCUCCUGGAGCGUCUGAUCCGCUCUGUGUUCACCAGACAGUCUCCAGAGACGAUAUGGGUCGGCUGUUUCAUCCCGAAGACAGAGGCCAACAUGCUCAGCAUCAAGAAAAACACCUGCAAAGUUAUAUACUCGUCUCAAACAGCAGAUAAUACCAGGGAUAGAGGGAACCCGCUUCUCAGGCCAUUCCAAUGUUUGUUCUGGGCUCAGAGAAGACGCCAGGCCACCAACUCUACAACAGGCAGGCAAAGAGGUGAUACUGGAAGUAAAGAAGAAGGCAUCCCUCUGAAAACCAACUCCUUGUCUGCUGGACCUCAUGUGGAUGGACAGUCAGCUGGAGGAGACAGCUGAUGUCAUGACACAUGACCUGUGGCUUCAGGCGUAUCACUGCAGACAAUCUGGUUUUAACUGUGAAGAAAACGUUGGCAUCGUGGUGCCACAGAGCCUUACUACAUGUUACAGUGUUUCUUCAUAGUGUUCAAUAUUCCCACUGCUGAGCCGACAUGAUUCUUGUCUUGAAGCAAUAUGUCGCUUAAUAGUCAAAUCUGUUGCCAUCUUGCUGUUUACACAUUAUCUUUGAUGUACAAUGGUAAAAGGGAUUUACUGUGUAUGUUUGGGGCUGAUUCAAGUACUCAUAUGAACUACAUCACAUCAUUUAACACCAUUUUUGAAGCCUAGAUAGAGAUUUGUCUGUUAUUUUAGUACAUGUUGAAACUGCAGUAUGGCUAGGUUACAGCAAAAGUAGGCCUACACCUUUAACAUGAUGUGCAUAGUUAAGUACAGGGCUGGAUUGGUAACUGGCCCCAGAAACCCCAGUGGUUUCAAUAGGCUUAUUGUGUCAUGUGGAAUAUACAUCACCAAAGCACAACAUGAACGGACAUAAUAAGGGCCUUAAGUGAGGUCCUGCUUCACUAAUAGGUCCCCAGCAGGUUAAUCCAGCCAUGGUCAAGCAAUGUGAAUCUUUUCUCUCUUUUUUUCAUGUUCAUUUCUUAGAAUUAUGUGCCUUAGAUGAGUGCUAUUGACAAGAGCAUUAUCUGCAAUAGAAUGUAGAUGAAACUACUUUUCACUUUUUAUGUAUUUAUGUAGGCUACUGGUCUGUACAUUCGUAUAAAUAUGUAAAUAAACACAUUUAAGCUUGUGUGCAGCUCUGUUGAAAA